AUGACCACCGUAGACCCGCCACAAGAGGAGGCCGCGCAGCUUCCCGCACCAAGUAUCUCAACAACCACCAGCGGCUCAGGCGGACCUAACCCCAUAUCCCUCUCCAGCCCACCUACUCUCGAGACGAUAUACAGCCAAGUCAGCUCGUACCCAUUCCACGCCGAUCGAGAAUUCCUCUCUGGCCUAGCGGCAAUUCUGGGCCACCCUGAUACACCAGCCACGCCAGAAGAACUGCGGGAGAAGUCGGAUCUCGUCCUCCAAGCACGAUGCUUCUACCUCUCACGGAAGUUGAACAUUGAUCCGCCCAUUGAUCCGGCGCAAUAUCUGGAAUGGGCUGCCUCGCAAGCGCGGUCGACUACGUCACACAUUCACACCCAGCAGCAGCAGACUGCAAGCGGUACACAUGGUGCAGCGGUCGGCCCGGACGUGUCAGGCGAUCCGCAAUCGACGCGAACGAGGGCUGCGACCGAUGCUCAACGGGUUGAGGAAGAGGACACUGUGCCAUUAGUCACCUCGUCGACAGAGGACCAACAUGCCGCCAUAGCUUCAUCUCCAGCAGUCUCUACUUCCCCGAACCAGGAAGCCGAGCCACCCUACCCGACGUCCUUCGCUGCGAUCGUAGACCUCAUAACCCGCAACCUCCCCAUCCCCGGCAUCGAAAACAUCCCACCCACCGUCCUCGAACCGGGCACGAGCAAAGUUGACAAGACGCCACGGCGUAGAAAGCCCUGGGAAAAGGACGCCGACACUGCGACUACCUCCUCGAGCAUGGAAGGGGAGAAGCAUCAAGCCACGCCCAAUAAUGCAGAGGCCACGGGGUCUGGUGAGCGCAGAGAAGAAGAAGAGGAAGAGGAGACCGAGGCGAGCGGCAGUAUGAAUGGUAAUGUGCGGCCCGGCCAAGAUCAAGGAGUCGUGAAAAUGCUGCAACCAAACGCCAUCGCCCCGAGCGGCCUGUUGAGUAACGAUUGA